GCUCACACUGGACACCGUUGGGACUUCGGACGGCACAACGCUUUCUUUCACUGAGACUUAAGCGUAGCGGACUAAAAUCUGAAGCUCAAACGCGCUGAAGCAUUAUAUUAUAUCUCUCCCCUUACUCGCUGAAAUGCGAUUCCUCUUCUUCUUCCACCAUUUCUGAUCGUUUUGUUUUUGAUCUCAAGCUCUUGAUGAAUAUGGCGAGGGCUUGGAUCCUUGAUAGCCGAACAUUUGCAAGAAAAGUUAGAAACAUCAGCCAAUCCUCUUCGCAAGUAAUUAAAGAUUGUGAUGCCAAACGAGAAUGCCCAAACUGUCGUUUUAUUAUUGAUAAUACAGAUGUUUCUCCUGAAUGGCCUGGUUUGCCUGCUGGUGUUAAGUUUGAUCCAACUGAUGAAGAAAUAAUGGAUCACUUAGCAGCAAAGUGUGCCGUUGGGAACUUAAAACUACAUGCAUUAAUUGAUGAAUUCAUCCCCACACUAGAUACAGAUCAAGGAAUCUGCUACACUCAUCCAGAAAAUCUCCCCGGUGUUAGUAAAGAUGGAAAUGAUGCCCAUUUCUUUCACAAAACAAGCAAUGCAUAUGCCACGGGCCAAAGGAAGCGCCGCAAAAUUGAAAGUGAAGAUUGUUCAAGCAUGGAACAUUUCCGGUGGCACAAGACUGGUAAAACCAAAGCUGUGAUAGAAAAGGGUGUUCAUAGGGGAUGGAAAAAGAUAUUCUCUCUGUACCGAAGUUCGAAGGGUGGCUCGAAACCCGAAAGGUCGAGCUGGGUGAUACAUCAAUAUCAUUUGGGAGUUGAAGAAGAUGAGAAGGAAGGUGAAUAUGUUUUGUCAAAGAUUUCUUAUCAGCAGCCAAAGCAAUGUAGUAAGAGCAAUGAUAAUAUGCUGAUUGAGGAUUUUGAUGCUUUGCUCCAUCAAACUAGUCCUAGAACUCCCAAGUCGAAUCCUCCGAUACCUCCUCGAUCCGGGAAAUCAUUUGUUUCCAAUGAUGUUGCUGACAAUGGUCUGCCUCAAUCAUUUGCAAAGGAAGAAGAGCUGACUCCAGAAGCAGCUCAUAUUUCAUUGGAGAACAACGUCGGAUUCCCCGGAUGGUUGGCCGGAGAAUCUCAGGGUAUAGAUGAUGCUGAAUUACAUUACUUGGAAGACCACUUAUUGUGCAAUGAAGUCCUGGAUUCUAAUGUUCUUACAAGUAACAGCCAACUAACUCAAAUGUCUUUCCCGCUCCCCGGUAGCAACGGUUGCCACAAUAUCAUGAACGAUAACGUUACGUGUGGAAUUGCAGACCUUGAGAACCUUGAAUUGGAUACUCCACCUGAUUUUCAUCUUGCUGACCUGCAGUUUGGUUCUCAAGAGAGCAUUUUCGACUGGCUCGACAGGAUAUGAAGCGAAAUCUCGUAAGAACAACAUGUUACAAUCUGGCUUUUCGGCCAGAAUCUUCCUC